AUGUCUGGCCUCCCAUGCCCACCAGGAUUCAAUGCCCAAGCCUGGAUCCAAAUCCCCGAAUCAGCACAGGUUCAAAUAUGGAGGGACACCGCUGCACGCACCCAACCUGCUGUCCCACCACACGAAUCACAGAUUGACCCUGCUCUUCUUGGGCCAAAUUUGAGUGGGUUGUCGCGGACCGUACAGCGCAGAGUUCACGAUGCGAGUCGUGAUGGGCCCCAUGCACCUAUGCCUCCAAUGGGGAACGAAGCCAUACCAGGGAGAGGUGCUGAAAGGAGUCGAAACCAACCUCGCGAACACAUGCGCUCACGUACUGAUGAGCAUAGCCGAAGACGUCGACAGAACACCCGUUCUAGAUCCCCUUGUCCACGGGAAAGGAAUGCGAGACGAUCGCACAGACACUCGCGCUCUCAACGUUCCUCAUCACGAAGUUCAGAGGAUAGUCUUUCUUGCCCGUUAUCAAGCAGUGUGAACCGGACUUCUGAUCCACCGGAAAUGGAUGACUCGGACAUCAGCGAACUUCUGCGCAGCAUCCGAGAAGAUCAGCUUGAAGACCGUGCCAGGCUCGAUGCACUUGAGGGCACACGUACGAUCCAACCCAGUCGUCGUACAAGACCAACCGGAGCUUUCGGAAGAGGUGGUGCUGCUAUUUCUGAUGGCGAGGAGGCCACGGAUGACGAAGACGGGACCCGUGAAGAUAUCACGCAGUCGAAGAAUUCGCUAUCGAAGACCGGACAAGACGCUAGAAAAUAUUUAAAAACGCACAUUACAACAACCUUCCGCAAGAUCUGCGGUAUGAAGAUGAAGGACAAAUGGCCCUUACUGUCGGAGGGUGAACGAAGGAACCCAGAUACAGACGAGGUAUAUUACACACCUGAUUUUGCCAGCGACGUGCAGGAUGCGACAAACAUCGAAAUCUCCACCAAGGCCGCAGAUGUGACAUGGAAUGAAUUGCAGAAGGAGAAAGACAAUUGGCCGAAAUGCCUCAAAUCAAGGACCAUCCGCUGGAAUAAAUCGACUCUCCUCGUCUUCGUGAAAGAGACAUUCCGUGGAUUCAAGGCAAAAUCGAAAGCCGAAACAGAUCCUCAACGUGGGCUAGCGCACACAAUUAAUCAGCGCAACACUUGA